AUCAAUGUGUCAUUUCCAUAUUUGUUAUGGACGCUCCGGACCUCCUAUGCCCUGCAGAGCGCAUCUAGACAGCGUCGCCUCCAUCUCUAUCUGUUCGCGCUGAACGUCGCAUCAUUCCACAAGUGAUUUUCGCCCGCUCAUUUCGACGUCGCACAUAGAUUGUGAUCGCCCCUACGCGUAGACCAGAGUAGAAGACCUCUGGUGUCGCCUCAUCAUAUUGUUUUCAUCAGCGCGCAGACACGUCAGUCAUCGCACCAGGCGAAAGUGUGUCGUCGGUUUUAUCAUUCUGCCGACUGUCAAGCGUAGCUACAUCCCAUCCAUCGUGAAAGCAUUCUGAAUUGCUCCAUCAGCUGCGGCGUUGAAUCCGGUCCCCUGCGCUGGAUUUCGUUAUGUCCGACGAUCGAUUGAGUCGCUGCCUGAGAAUUCAUUGUGAAACACACCUGGAGCCAUGGACGCAUUGCUGACCGGCGCGACCACGUCCGAACGGGCGGUUGCGGAGACGAAUUCCAGAUUGCUCGAGUCACGGCAGAAGGCAGGUACUCCGUUAGGCAGAGGUGGUCGGCGUCCACGACGUCCAUCUCAAACAUCCGGUGUGGAGACCUGGACGGAGUCAGCCCCAAGCGAGACGACAUCUCAGGCUUACAGCGUCCCAUCUCCCGGUAGCGACUUUCAGUUGACACCACCACCGCAUACUUCAGGCAGAGUGGACUCGGAUUACCCACCUACACCUCCUACGCUAUCUGACAGUGAUCUGUUGACGCCGCCACCACCGGACCUUGUGCCCGAGACUGCGCUUACUGAAACUCUCAAUGGACUUUACAUACCCAAAUCUACUCCGGUCAUGCUUGAGGCACGUAGUCCACCCACACCUGAUCCUUCGCCUCCAGGAGCACGUCGUGCAACGCUUCCAAUCCGUCCGAAUUUGAGCAAGUCACCUAGUUCAUGGACAGAGUCAUAUCAGACCGCAAAAGAAGAGCUUAGUACACUGGACGCUACAAGCGAGGUUCCUUCCAGACCCGGAAGCCGCGCGAUGACUGGUGCGCGCGCAUUCCCAACCCUAUACCCAGGCCCCGAAAAUAGCCCACGAAUUGGUCUUCGUGGUAGUGCAGGCCACCUGGACCGCCUCUCGAGUAUUUCAAAUACACAUGUCCGUACGCAGAUGCGGCAUCUUGAGUUAGAAAGUGGUGUCGCUCGCGCCUUGAAGCAUAUGGCGGAGAGUUCACGAAUGUCAGCUGGAAGAGCGUCUGCCUCUCCUCGACCACAGAGUGCUAACCCGUAUUACCCCGUUGGUCGUCGCAGACUGGACAUUCCGCGACUGUCGGCGACUCCUGAGCCGGUGAGCCUCGCUGGCUUCACGAGACAUAUCGGAGCAGACGAACCGCCUACGCACUUGCGGAAGAUGGCGACCGUGACAGAAGUUUCAGCACCCGAGGUUGAUCCCAUAAAGAUACCAGAAACAUACCCUCUUGCGGGGCAUAAGACACAAGCACAUCAAGCUGCCGUGUCAAACGAUGCCCCUCUUUCUCCAACAGCAGCAGCUUUUCUACAGGACAACAACAAUGUCUAUAAGAUUAUCCAGCAAGAGAACGUCAGACGGCACAGCAGCGCGAGUGAUGCUGCGAUCCAAAUUUUUGCCAAACCGGCACCCGCAGUGCCCCGGACCCUGCGACAUUCCACAAAGAGACAUUCUUUGCGCGCUCAAGGCGACAUAAGUUCAGAGUCUGCAAAUGGCUAUAAGCUCGCAUCACAACCGACCAAGCCCGCCCACGUACGCGAAGAGUAUACACAGACCCGGCCGCAGACCUCGUCAUCUUUGCCACCUCAAACGGCCAUGAGAGGCUUUGAACGUUUCAAAGCGCAAAAUCCUGAUUUGCUUGCUAGCAGACCACAUUCUGCGAGACCACAUCCGCCCGGCAUUUCUAAUAUCAGUAACGUACCACGUGCUUCUUCAACACAAAACGAAGGAAUGAGACCGACGUCGAGACACGUGUCCCACGCGCCUGAGGCUGGGCACAUUCAAGCGUUGCGGUCCGUCAGUGGCCCGUCUCGCCUGACGCAAUCUUCACAAUCCCAUAGGCCUGGCCUGAACAUCCAAAGUGGCAUACAACCAACAACACCGCAACUUCGAAAAUUUUCGAAUGAACAACGACUUGAAAACAAUUCCAAACUACGACAGACUGCUGCCGACUUGCCACAGCCACAAAUCCGGCAACCCACGACAAUUCAGACUCCCGAACCUGCGCCCGAGAGACGAAGAUGGUCGGAAACACGUUCACCUCAUCGAGAAUCGUUGGAUCGAAGCAUGCUUUCGCCGGUGUCAAGGAGCUCUGAUACACGAAUGCUGUACUCUAGCACGCCGAAUUCGAUGGGACAGGCGUCUGAUCGGACCGAAAUUGAACUUUGCGAGGCUAGAGGACUCCAGAUGUUCCCACACAGUAAUAACAGCCUCCUCCUCGUGCAGCAAACCGUGCGCACAGUGCGUCAAGCUCCUCCCUUUGCGCCACCACCAUUGGACAUUGAUCACCUUACGACACUGGUGACAUCUCAAAUUCCUACAGUGAACAUGCCAGACCAGGCUUUUACGCGGGAGGGGGCCUUUAGUCCUUUGCACAAUCCGCGAACAGCGCCUGAGCCUCCCAUAAUCAACUAUAUCCCUCCGACGCCUUUGUCAGAAGUGGAGCGGCCGCUCGAGGCUCGAGAACAUCCAAACCUACAGACUACUACUACACCAACCAGAAAACUAAGCAUUAAGCAGAAAGUGCGUCGUUACAGUGAAAGCUUGAUACACCCUCUGCAACUGAACCGCAACAACACGCUCAAAAGUCGGAGGUCGAAGCGUGCAUCUGUGCAUGAAGAACGACCAACUUACCUUUCAUCCAUGUGGACGCCACGUGGAUUCUGGGAAGAUUACGAUAGUGACGAUGACGAUGACGACGACUACGAUUACGAGAAUGAACACGAGCCACUACCUCCCGGCGGUGAUACUUCCGACGUCCAGGACACCCCAAAGCGUUCCAUACUGCCACGGAAGCUCAGCGUACGCAUGCCGGGCUUUCGUGGGACUGGUGGCUUCUUGAUUGGGAAUUCUUUGGGCAUCAGUCGUCAUGGCACGAAUGUUCGCAGACAUCAUGUGGCACGCCGCACAAGUCAAGAGCCUUUGAAGCGUGCACCGCGCCGCAACGCCUUUCGGCUGCCAUUCCACCCGGCUGCACAGCUUCGCAAGACCGGGCAGAAUGCUUGGAAGGGCCUGACUACCAGUCGUGCUGACCGCGAACAGGAAAAGCGCCGCGACGAUCUACGAGCGAAGAUUGGCGCAACGAUUUAUCACGACCCGUGACGACCGUCCAAGAAAUGUGAAUUGACAUGCCAAUUGAUGAAUACGAUGCUUCACCUGUGGAGCAUCAUCAUAGUGAUGAAUAUACGAAAGAAACGAAAUUAUGAUGGAGUGAUGAUUCACGAGUACAUGGAGCGUUCUGAGAAACGAGAAAUGAGAGAAUGCUGUUAUAUAUGCGAGAGUGUGGAAACAAAUGUUUGCGAACUGCAGAAUGCAGUGUGGGCGUCGAAUUGUUUUGCUGCUGAUUUCCAGAAGAAUACAUGUAUCAUCAACUUGGAUAGUUCAUGAUUUGUACUUUUGCUUGCUGUUCAAUGCACCACGGUUCAAGAGCUUUUACGCUUGUAUGUCACGGCGAUGCUGUAAAUACCGUCCACCCGAC